AUGGCAUCGAACGGCACGCACAACGACUUUGUCAACAUUACUACAUCACAUUCACGCGCGCCCAGCAUGGUUCAGGAAGCACCUGCAUUUUUGCCGCGUCCGCGGCUACCAGUCAGAAAGCAAGCGCCACAAAAGAAUAUCGACGAUUUCUGGCACAAAUUUACCACCAAACACCCUGGAAAGAUCUUCACCAUAUUACCCGACAAUUUGUACGCCAAACGAGCCGCCGCACAUACACCAAAAGGAUCCAUUCCAGGAGUCAACGCACUCGCAUCCUACGAAGAGGCCAAGGAGGCUUGUAUCAGGAAGGUCGCAAAGAUUGUCAAAGAAUGCCGCAGACUGAACCAAAAGUACCGAGAUCCACAUUUCGAUAUCGAGGCAGACUUUAAACGGUCACAAGCCUUUCCUGAUAUACCAGCCGACUGUUUGACCGGAUUGAACGAAGAAACCACCACUUUCUUUCCGCAAUCAGUGAAAAGAGUAGAGGACAUCUUUGACAACCCACAAUUCUAUAUUGGCGGCGCAACGGCAAAUGACGUGCGUCAGGGCAAUGACGGCGACUGCUGGUUCAUGUCGGCGUUGGCGACCAUCUCAAACAAGGAGGAACUGAUUCAACGAGUGUGUGUCGCUCGCGAUGAAAAGGUUGGCGUGUAUGGCUUUGUCUUCCAUCGAGAUGGGGAGUGGAUUUCCGAAGUCAUUGACGACAAGUUGUAUCUCAUCAAAGAAGACUUUGACGAAGCAAAGCUCGAGCGUCAUCAUUGGCUCGAGUUACAAAACCGCAAGAGUCCCGAGGAGGAAUACCGUACCGUCAUGCAAACUGGUUCCAGGGCGCUUUACUUUGCACAGUGUAGCGACCCUAACGAAACAUGGCUUCCGCUGCUUGAGAAAGCCUUUGCCAAAGCCCACGGAGACUACAGUGCCAUAGAUGGAGGUUUUGUAGGUGAGGGUAUCGAAGACCUUACUGGAGGUGUAACUUCAGAGAUCUUCACCACUGAUAUCCUCGACAAGGAUCAGUUCUGGCGAGAAGAGCUUAUGAACGUCAACAAGACCUUCCUUUUUGGAUGUGGCCAGAUGGGCGGCAUCUAUGGCUCACGCAAAGGCAUUCAAGAGAAGCAUGCAUACUCCGUCAUGGAAGCUCGGGAGAUAGACGGUCAACGUUUGUUGAAGCUGCGCAACCCCUGGGGCCGGUCAGAAUGGACUGGACCCUGGAGUGAUGGAUCUGAAGAAUGGACCCCUGAGUGGAUGCAGAAACUAAACCACAAAUUCGGUGAUGAUGGCGUCUUCUGGAUCUCGUACAAGGACCUACUUCGCACCUACCAACACUUUGACCGUACACGGCUCUUUGGUCCAGAGUGGACCGUUUCGCAGCAAUGGACCAGUGUGAACGUCCCUUGGAGCGUCGACUACCUGGACACCAAGUUCAAGAUACAUCUUGCCAAGGGCGGCCCGGUGGUGAUUGUGUUGAGUCAACUGGACGAUCGCUACUACCAGGGUCUUGAAGGGCAGUAUGAGUUUCACUUGCAGUUCCGCCUCCACAAAGAUGAUGAAGAGGAAUACAUAGUCCGCAGCAACGGAACGUACUACAUGAAGCGCUCAGUCUCGACAGAACUCGAGCUCGAAGCUGGCAACUACACCGUCUUGCUGAAGAUCAAGGCUACAAGAAUUCCUGAGAACCCCACACCGGACGAGGUCAUUAGAACCACCUGUGCCAAGCGUCGCGAGAAGCUUCUAUCCAUUGGACUGUCAUACGAUCUUGCUCAUGCCAAAGGUCAAUUCAGAGAGCAGGAGAAGGAGAAGCUGGCGCGUGAUAAAGAAGAGCGCAUUGAGCGCAAGAAGGCUGAGAUGAAACGAACACACGAACGUCAGAAGAGAAUGCGCAAGCGAGAGGCGCUCCGUGACCAGAAGAAGGCUGCCAAGCAGACACAUCGAGCGAACCGUUCCGGCGACAUACAAGAAGUCGAAAGGAAACUGCGUGCUCUCCGCGGUCUUGGUAUCAACGCCGAAGAAGAACCUAGGACAUCUGGGGAUGAAGAAUCGAAGCCCAUGCAUCAAGCUGUCACCAGACACCAUCGUGCGUCUAGCACUGGCGCGAUCCGUGAACGAGCAGACAGUACUAGUGGGAGCUUUACCGGCCGAGGCGGCUACAACAAGGGCCGAGAUGGAUACAAUGCUGCUCUACCCGGUGCCCUUCAAGGAAGAGGCGGCUACAAUUACAGCCCGCAAGCCUCACCUGGUCUCCACAACCAGGGCUUUCAAGGGCGAGGAGGCUACAACCAGAAUAUGCCCGGGGAAUUUCAAGGAAGAGGGGGAUAUAACCAGAACAUGCCAGGCGAACUCCAAGGAAGAGGAGGCUACAACCAAAACAUGCCAGGUGAACUACAAGGCAGGGGUGGCUACAAUGCAGAUCUUCCUGGUGCGUAUCAGGGCCGUGAUGGCUACAAUGGACGCGAUGGAUAUAACGAGGUGCAAUUGACGGAAUCGCCUUUACCUACACCCAUGCCUACGCCAUCGGCUACAAUGAUGGACGAUUUCCAUCCACAACGAUCACAUAGCCCCCGACACUCUCCAGCUGCAUCACGACGUGCAACACUUGCGCCUAUUCCUGGUGUGCGACCUGGUAUCCAGGUCAGUCCCGGACUUAGCACAAGCGAGUUCUCUCAUAGGGCUCAAGAUGGAUUUGGAUAUCCUAACGAUACUUCUGACGACUCGUCUUGGGACUCUGAGAUUGACGGCCCCUGCUCGCUCGACUCUAGUAUCUGUGAUGGCGAAGACGAGAACGAAUUUUCCGAGCAGAGGCCACGGUACGUCUGGUACAAUGGUAUGCGCUAUCCUUAUAUUGAAGAGGUGGAUGAAUUUGAGCGGGAUCCAUGGAACGCGGUCUGCGUCGUUGGUCUGCGUGUCUUUAGCAAGGACAACACAGAUGUCACUAUUGAGGUGCACAAUGGCGAGGGCGACCGUGCGAAGAAGAGUGAUGGUGACGAUUCGAGCGUCAUUAGCAUGGCCACUGUCCGACGGAAGGAGAAAGAGCUUGAUGUCGACGACAGUGCGGCUGAUGCUACCAGUCCGUUACGUAAGAAGAAUACGGGACUAGAUGAUGAGCUCAAGUCUCGUGCGAUGGAACGGGAAUCAUUGGAUCAGGUCGGCUCUGCACCUGCAGGUUUGGAGCUGAAUAGGCAGGGGACUUUGAGUUGA